GGAGGCGUGCUUAUAACGGCUCUUGAGGGCGCAUGAGCGAGGUGCGCAGCAGGCUGCGGGCAGCUCCGCGGCCGGCCGGGGCAGCCUCCAGCGCCGCAGGAGCCCAGCCCGGGCCGCUCCCGCAGGACUGCCUGUGAACCACAGCCCAGAAAGAAGAAACAAUCCUGUUGGUUGAAGAUUUGUCUCUAAGAAAAAGAAACAAUCCUCUUGAAGUUGAACAUUUUUCUCUAAGAGUAAGAACAGAGCCAUGCCAGUGCUUUCAGAAGACUCAGGAUUGCACGAAACUUUGGCCCUUUUGACAUCUCAGCUAAGACCUGAUUCAAACCAUAAAGAGGAAAUGGGAUUCCUUAGGGAUGUCUUCAGUGAAAGGAGUCUCAGCUACCUGAUGAAGAUUCAUGAAAAGCUCCGGCAUUAUGAAAGACAGAGCCCAACUCCUGUUUUACAUAGUGCAGCAGGAUUAGUUGAAGAUGUAAUAGAAGAAUUGCAGACAGCACCAGUGAAUAAUGAAGAAAAGGAGCUGCUUCAGCUGUUGUCAACACCACAUCUCAGGGCAAUGCUUGUAGUACAUGACACUGUAGCACAGAAGAACUUUGACCCAGCUCUUCCACCUCUGCCUGAUAAUUUUGAUGAUGAUUUUGAUGAGGAAUCAGUGAAAAUUGUUCGGCUAGUGAAAAAUAAAGAACCCUUGGGAGCUACCAUCAGAAGAGAUGAGCACACAGGAGCUGUGAUUGUAGCCAGGAUCAUGAGGGGUGGUGCAGCUGAUCGCAGUGGUCUUGUCCAUGUUGGAGAUGAACUAAGAGAAGUCAAUGGUAUUACUGUGCUUCACAAACGACCAGAAGAAAUAAGUCAGAUUUUGGCUCAGUCUCAAGGGUCAAUAACACUGAAGAUAAUUCCAGCCAUCAAAGAGGAAGAUCGUCUCAAAGACAGCAAGGUGUUUAUGAGGGCACUUUUCUGCUAUAACCCCAAGGAGGACAGAGCCAUUCCUUGCCAGGAGGCCGGGCUGCCGUUCAAACGCCGCCACGUGCUGGAGGUUGUGAGCCAGGAUGAUCCCACGUGGUGGCAAGCCAAGCGUGUUGGGGACACCAACCUCAGAGCAGGCUUGAUCCCCUCAAAACAGUUCCAAGAAAGACGACUGACUUACAGGAGAACAACAGGCACUCUGCAGAAUACCAGAACUCUGAAGAAACCUUUAUAUGAUCAGUCUUCUGACAAAGACUGUGACUGUGAAGGAUAUUUCAAUGGACACUACAUAGCUGGUUUACGCAGGAGCUUUAGGUUGAGUCGAAAAGAGAAAGAAAACAAUGGCAAUGAGGGCAAGCAGGCAGAGCAGGCAGAUGGAGCAGAGUUCCUCACAUAUGAAGAAGUCACAAAAUAUCAGCAACAGCCUGGUGAACAGCAGAGGCUGGUGGUUUUGAUUGGUUGUUUGGGGGCCAAGUUAAGUGAGCUCAAGCAAAAAGUUGUGUCAGAGAACCCCCAGGAGUAUGGGGUUGCAGUUCCACAUACAACAAGGUCAAGGAAAAGUCAUGAGAGAGAAGGAGUAGAAUACAAUUUUGUUUCUAAGCAAUCAUUUGAGACAGAUGUGCAGCAAAACAAAUUUGUGGAACACGGAGAGUACAAAGAGAAUUUGUAUGGCACCAGCCUGGAGGCAAUCCGGUCUGUGAUGGCCAAAAAGAAAGUUUGUCUGGUGGAUGUGGUACCUGAAGCAGUAAAGCACUUGAGGACUCCUGAGUUUAAGCCUUAUGUUAUAUUUGUGAAGCCUCUCAUUUCAGAAAAGAAAAAACAUGUCUUAAAAUCUCACAUGUCAGAAGAAAUCUCAUCCCCUCUUGAUGAAGAACAGCAGGAAAUUCUGAAUUCAGCAGCAUUCAUUGAAGAGCAGUAUGGCCAUUUAAUUGACACUGUACUGGUGAAAGAAGAUCUCCAGAGUGCAUGUAAUGAGCUGAAAACUGUGUUAGAUAAACUGAACAAGGAUUCAUUCUGGGUGCCAGUCAGCUGGGUGAGGUCAUAGCUUGUUACCAUGUUUGAGGGAAAGACUGUAUAAAAAUGUCCUGUAAAUACAUGAAUCAGAAAAGGGGAGUACACUGGAUUUGCUUCAAAACUGCUGGUCUUACCUAGAAGGCAAUAAAUAAAGAAUGUAUGAGGAAAGAUUAAACAAAGUCACAAGUUGACACUGCCUUUCUGAGUCAAAUUUUGAAUAGCAGCUGUCAUUUAGAAGUUGAUACUCAGCCCAAAUAAGCCAGUCCAGUCUUUUACUGAUCUUUACGCUGGAAAUUGUGCAUUUUGUUACAGUGGUGUUUCACAGAGGCUCCCACACUUCCAAAGCAUUUUGUGCUGAGACACUGACAAAGAUGGAAGGUUUGUCCUUUGGCCACAAAUUUUUGUGGCUAGAUUGAAAACCUCAGAAUGAAGUCCCCCUUGGGAACAAGCACCUUCAGCUGGGUGGGAAGUGUUCUUUGGAGAGAGGCUCAACAUGUUCAGCUGGCCAGCAAAACAUGCUUCCCUUCACACAGAAGCAUUCAUUUCAAUUCCUAAUUAGUCACUAAAAACUAGGCCAGCUAUAGGAGGGGUUUUUAUGUCCAUCACAUUUUCCUGUACUCCAAAUUAUCUUGCACAGCUCACAGGUAUUGUCUGCUCAUCCACAACUUAUGCUCACUUUCCCAGUCACAAAAGCUGAACAACCUCUGAGGGUACCUUUCAUUAAAUUAAAGCAAAUUUAAUUAAAUCCUAAACCACAGAUUUUUAUAGUGUACAUGAAAACAACUGCAAAUGGUUCUAAAACAGGACAGUUAGGAAGCUUUGUUUCUGCAAAACAUCUUUGCCUGUGCUACAUGGUGGGCCACAGCCUUGACACCAAUGGAACAGCUCCAAAAAGGGCACUCAAAGGAGGAGCCACAGGUCAAAAUCAUCAUCCUUCCAGCAUUUAUGUACUAAAAAGAGGAGCUACAGCUCAAAAUCUUCAUCCUUCCAGCAUUUGUGACCACUUCUGUUCCAAAUCUGGUAAAGGUUUCCAAAGCAUCUAAUUGGCCUGAAGAAGAAAACUCUUAAAGGACCUUGUAUAUAUUUGAGACUUGAAUAUAGAGUAUUUUUGAGUGGGUCUUAGGAAGAUGCAGAGAUGAUUCUGGAAGUAGCUGUGCUUUAUCCUUGGGGGAUUUGAGGGGAGAGCAUUGUACAGGUGCAUGGUAGCUGUAACUAGUUCCUGUUCUCACUUGCCUGCUGAGGUCUGAUAUUUCCUCUGUAUUAAACAAGACCUUUUGGUGUUCCUUAUAUCCUAACACAUAAUGUUCUUCUUGUUCCAUGACAUUGAGCAGACCUAAAAGUUGCAUAUUAAAAGCACAUUUCUUACA